GAGCCGAUCGCUAGUCUCUUUUCAUUGGUGUCUCUCAUGUUCGCCCUUUAUCUCCUUAGAAGUCAAAUCAUGAUAAUGAAAGAAAAUCUAAUGCUAGUGUUCUUUUGAGUUAUCAAUCGCCGGACAAUAGUAAAAAUUUACGAUUCGAGACGGAAAAACAUUAGCAGAAAAUAAUGUACCAACAAGGCAGCAAUGAUGUUUUGAGACUAUUGUCAGACCCAGAACUUGAGGAACUAUUGCAAUUGUAUGCACUUAAAAGUGGCAUUGACAGUUUUCAAUAUUUGUUUAUUUACACUCAGCUUCAAUGGAAUAAGAAAUUACGUGAAAAACACAUCGAUGAACAGGAUGAAAAGUGGAUUUCAUUCAGAAAGAAAUUUUAUACCCAUGUUAAUGGUGACUUUCGCAAAUAUGGUACAUACGUGUGUCUACAUCAAGACCUAAUACAAAGUGUCACUUUUCACACCUGGCAACCGAAUUGCAAUGAGUUAUUGGAGUGUUUGGAAAACACCAAUUUAAUUCAAUGGAAAAAUGAAGCAUUACUUAUAAAUGUGGCACCGGAGUGUUCAGAAAUUGUGAAAAAUCUUGUCCAAAGGAAAGGAGGUGCCAUACGGAGAGCCAGAUCUUGUCAAGGUUUGAUUUUUAAGCGCACAAAUUCUUUGAAUUUUAAUAAAACCAGCAUUCCCGAUGGCUAUGAAUUGGGAAAGGUGCAGGAAAAACACGCCGAUUUAAUACAUUCCUUAUGGGCUAAUAACAAAGAAGGUUCCUUGGAUUAUAUCAGAGGUCAUAUAAAGAUUAAUAAAUCUGUUGGGCUGUAUGAAGCAUCGAGUAAUGAAUUAGUUGGCUGGAUUUUUCAAAACGAAUUCAGUGGUAUAGCCAUACUUCAAGUUCUGCCAACUCACCAAAGAAAAGGUUUUGGAAGGAUCUUAGUUGAAGCAUUAACUGCAAUUAUUGCUGAAACUGAAAGAAUACCCGUAACGGCAUGGGUUGUAGUUGGAAAUGUAAAAUCUGAAACAUUGCUGCAAAAAGUUGGAUUUGAGAGAGCCGUUGUUUAUGAAUGGAUACAACUGGAAAAUGUAGCUAAUAAAUUAUGACAUAUUUGAGAGUAUUUUGUGACGGAAAUUUAGAAUAAAACAUCAUGGGAAAUGGUUUUUUUUUUCAGAAAAAGCGCAACACCUUUUAUUUU